AUGAGGCGCGCGCGAAGUGUCACGGGGCCCUUGCGGCGAGCCCACCCUGCCUCGGGGGCCACCUGGAACGUCCAGGUGGUACGAGGUAAAAUGAGCUCGAAGUGCUUGUGGCACGCGUGCCGAGCACUCUCUGCUGGUUUGCUGUUAAUGCUGUUGGGAGCAGCCAUGGCAGUCAUAGGUUAUUACGCCGACACACUGUCAGUUGCAGAAGAGGUGCGCGGUAACUCCACAAUAUCAGUCAAAGACGAGGCGCGGGGCUUUCAUCUAAACAAUCUGUCAUACGCCGGUCCUAUCGUUAUGGGUUUCGGAGGUUUUAUCGUAGUAGCAGCUUGCGUGAUGACGUUCGAAGCUCGUGACAGCGCCGCGAAAGUGACGCCAGCGAGGCCGCAAACACUACCUCGUCCAUUGCCUCGGCGAGGACCAUGUGCAGCGCCCGCGCGUCUCGACCAGCUCGGAGUAUAUCGGCUGCCACAUGUUCUACCACUGCCGCACGCACUGCCGCUCGCGCCCCCGCAUCGGAUAAGACCACCACACGUGUGUCUAAGAAUCGGGGGAGAGAAGACAAGGGAACGUGCGCGGUUUGGCUCCGCUCCGGACUUACGGAGUGGAAGCGCGCGCGCUCCGUUGCCUAUCUCUGCGCUUCGCCGUCCGCUCCGCCGCUAUGCACUCUCCGUAGACGAACCUCCUCAUUCCGCGGUCAGUGCAAGUGCAGCAGAGUCAGAAUGCGGUUCCCAGUCAUCUCUGGCUUUAGAUUUGCACGUGAGUGGCGCAUGCACAGGCGUCACUCUUCGAGUGCGGGACAACACGCGACGUCGCCCCCUGGCACGUCAACAAAGACUUGUCGAGGACAUGAUGCAUCCAACACCAGGUCAAAGCGUCAGCAAUGUAAAUAAUGUAGAAGAAACAAUCCCAAGGUAA